UUCCGGUUCGUUUCCAAAGGCGCUGCUGUUGUGUACAUGAGAGCAGUAAUACAGCGAUAUAUCUACACAAACAUCCACACGUAAACAUGCAAAUGUGAGUGUAUUACAUGUUUUUCUGCGACUCACCUCAUCAUGGCCGUCCCGAUGGAAAGUCAGCUGCAGAGUAUAUUUGAAGAUGUAGUGAAAACUGAGGUGAUUGAAGAGGCGUUUGCUGGGAUGUUCAUGGAUGGGCCUGAAGAUGAGAGGACUAAACUCAUGAGCUGUUUAGGAGCGUUCAGACAGUACUGGAGCACUCUGCCUCAGGAGUCACAUGAUCAGUGUGUGCAGUGGAUUGUGCGCUUCAUUCACAGUCAACACAGCCCCAAACGCAUCUCCUUCCUGUACGACUGUCUGGCCAUGGCGGUGGAGACCAGCUUGCUGCCUCCCAGGAUGGUGUGUCAGGCUUUGAUCAGUUCUGACACUCUGGAGUGGGAGAGGACUCAACUUUGGGCUUUGACCUUCAAACUCGUUCGCAAAAUCAUUGGAGGAGUCGACUACAAGGGUGUGAGGGAUUUACUGAAGGCUGUGAUGGAUAAGAUUCAGACCAUCCCAAACUUUGUGAGCUCGGCAGUGGUUCAACAGCUGCUGGCAGCACGAGAAGUUGUGGAAUACAUACUGGACCGGAACGCUUGUCUGCUGCCGGCGUACUUUGCAGUGACUGAGAUCAGAAAACUGUAUCCAGAGGGGGCGUUCUCACACUGGUUGUUGGGCAGCCUGAUAUCUGACUUUGUUGAUAGUUUCAGACCCACUGCUCGAAUAAACUCCAUCUGUGGUCGCUGUAGUCUUCUGCCGGUGGUUAAUAAUUCUGGAGCCAUCUGUAAUUCAUGGAAACUGGACCCGACGACUCUGCGUUUCCCACUCCGGGGAAUGCUGCCGUAUGAUAAGGACCUGUUUGAACCACAAACGGGUCUGUUGAGGUAUGUGCUGGAGCAGCCGUACUCCAGAGACAUGGUCUGCAACAUGCUGGGCCUCAACAAACAGACUUUGAACAUUGCUCAGCAUAAGCAGAGAUGUCCGGUUCUGGAGGACCAGCUGGUGGAUCUGGUGGUGUACGCCAUGGAGCGGUCAGAGACGGAAGAGCAGUUUGAUGACGGCGGCACCAGUCAGCUCCUGUGGCAGCAUCUCUCCAGUCAGCUCAUCUUCUUUGUUCUGUUCCAGUUCGCUAGCUUCCCUCACAUGGUGCUGUCGCUCCAUCAGAAGCUGGCCGGUCGAGGGCUGAUUAAAGGUAGGGAUCACUUGAUGUGGGUGCUCCUGCAGUUCAUCUCUGGCAGUAUUCAGAAGAACGCUCUGGCUGACUUCCUGCCUGUCAUGAAGCUCUUUGACCUGCUCUACCCUGAGAAGGAGUGUAUUCCUGUACCAGACAUCAACAAGCCCCAGUCCACUCACGCCUUCGCAAUGACCUGCAUCUGGAUCCACCUGAACCGCAAAGCUCAGAACGACAACUCCAAAUUGCAGAUCCCCAUCCCACACUCGCUCAAGCUGCACCAUGAGUUUCUUCAGCAGAGUCUGCGUAAUAAGAGUCUGCCAAUGACCGAUUACAAGAUCGCUCUGCUGUGUAAUGCAUACUCCACAAAUUCUGAGUGUUUCACGCUGCCCAUGGGCGUGCUGGUGGAGACGAUCUAUGGUAAUGGCACCAUGCGGAUCAAUCUGCCUGGCACUAACUGCAUGGCGUCUGGAUCCGUCACACCUCUACCCAUGAACCUGCUCGACUCCCUUACUGUUCAUGCCAAAAUGAGCUUGAUCCACAGCAUUGCAACUCGAGUCAUUAAACUGGCACACGCAAAGUCUAGUCUUGCCCUGGCGCCUGCCCUGGUGGAGACAUACAGCAGACUGCUGGUCUACAUGGAGAUCGAGUCCCUGGGCAUCAAGGGCUUCAUCAGCCAGCUGUUGCCGAACGUGUUCAAGUCUCAUGCAUGGGGGAUUCUGCAUACGCUGCUGGAGAUGUUCAGUUAUCGGAUGCACCACAUUCAGCCUCAUUAUCGUGUGCAGCUCCUGUCACACCUGCACUCGCUCGCUGCUGUUCCACAGACCAAUCAGAACCAACUCCAUCUCUGCGUUGAGAGUACUGCUUUACGAUUGAUCACGGCAUUGGGGAGUUCAGAGGUUCAGCCGCAGUUUACACGGUUCCUCAGUGAUCCUAAAACAGUGCUGUCUGCGGAGUCAGAAGAGCUGAACAGAGCACUCAUCCUCACGCUCGCUCGAGCCACACACGUCACAGAUUUCUUCACAGGGUCGGACUCUAUUCAGGGCACCUGGUGUAAGGACAUCCUGCAGACCAUCAUGAACUUCACUCCUCAUAACUGGGCCUCUCACACUCUCAGCUGCUUUCCUGCUCCUCUGCAGGCAUUCUUCAAGCAGAAUAACGUUCCUCAGGAGAGCCGUUUUAACUUGAAGAAGAAUGUAGAGGAGGAGUACAGGAAGUGGAAGUCCAUGACCAAUGAGAAUGACAUCAUCACACACUUCUCCAUGCAGGGCUCUCCGCCCCUCUUCCUGUGUCUGCUGUGGAAGAUGCUGCUGGAGACCGACCACAUCAACCAGAUCGGAUUCAGGGUUCUGGAGCGUAUCGGGGCACGUGCAUUGGUGGCCCAUGUGCGGACCUUUGCAGACUUCCUAGUGUAUGAGUUCUCUACAUCAGCAGGCGGGCAGCAGCUGAAUAAAUGUAUUGAGAUUCUGAACGACAUGGUGUGGAAGUACAACAUUGUGACCCUGGACAGACUCAUCCUCUGUCUGGCGAUGAGGAGUCAUGAAGGUAACGAGGCUCAGGUGUGUUACUUCAUCAUUCAACUCCUGCUCCUCAAACCAAAUGACUUCCGCAACCGUGUAAGUGAUUUUGUGAAAGAGAAUGCUCCUGAACACUGGCUACAGAGUGACUGGCACACCAAACACAUGACCUACCACAAGAAGUAUCCAGAGAAGCUGUACUUUGAGGGUCUUGCAGAGCAGGUGAACCCCCCCAUCCAGCUGCAGUCACAGUACCUGCCCAUCUACUUCGGUAACGUGUGUCUGCGAUUCCUGCCCGUGUUUGACAUCGUCAUCCAUCGCUUCCUGGAGCUGCUGCCGGUGUCAAAAUCUCUGGAGACUCUUCUGGAUCAUCUGGGGGGGCUCUACAAGUUCCACGACCGGCCAGUGACUUACCUAUACAACACACUUCAUUACUAUGAGAGGCAUCUGCGAGAUCGCACCAACCUGAAGAGGAAGCUGGUGCAUGCCAUCAUGAGCUCGCUCAAGGACAACCGCACACCUGGCUGGUGUCUCAGUGAGACAUACCUGAAGUGUGGAAUGAACCCAAGAGAAGACAACGUCUGGAUCCCUGACGACACCUAUUACUGCAAACUCAUCGGACGACUUGUGGACACCAUGGCAGGAAAAUCUCCAGGGCCGUUCCCCAACUGCGACUGGCGCUUUAAUGAGUUUCCAAACCCUGCUGCUCACGCGCUGCACGUCACCUGUGUGGAGCUCAUGGCUCUCGCUGUACCAGGGAAAGAUGUGGGGAAUGCCCUCCUCAAUGUAGUGCUCAAGAGUCAGCCGCUGGUUCCUCGAGAACACAUCACAGCCUGGAUGAAUGCUAUCGGACUGGUCAUCACUGCUCUACCUGAGCCUUACUGGAUUGUCCUUCAUGACCGUAUCGUGAGUGUGGUCAGCAGUCCGGUUCUGAGUUCUGAGGCAGAGUGGGUUGGUUACCCCUUCCAGCUGCUGGACUUCACCGCCUGUCACCAGUCAUACUCAGAGAUGCACUGCAGUUAUGUCCUGGCGCUGGCACAUGCCGUCUGGCAUCACUCCAGCAUUGGGCAGCUCUCCCUCAUACCCAAGUUCCUGUCUGAAGUUCUGAAGCCCAUCGUGAAGACCGAGUUCCAGCUUCUGUACGUGUAUCAUCUCGUGGGGCCAUUCUUACAGCGCUUCCAACAGGAGAGGACAAGAUGCAUGCUGGAGAUUGGAGUGGCAUUUUACGAGAUGCUUCAGGCGGUGGACCAGCACAGUAAACACUUGGCGUAUAUGGACCCCAUCUGUGACUUCCUUUACCACAUCAAAUACAUGUUCACUGGGGACAGCGUCAAAGACCAGGUGGAGAGGAUCAUCUGUUCGCUAAGGCAGGCGAUGCGUCUCCGUCUGCGAUUCAUCACUCACAUCAGUAAGAUGGAGCCAGCAGCGGCCGUCUCUACGGUGACCAACACCCCUCAGCCGCCGACGGUCUCGUCCCCUGCACCCCAGAGCGGAGCUGGACAUGCUAAUAUCCCUCUGUCUGUCGGCCAGUGAUGCUGUAGCGCUGAACAGAGUAAUGUCAUCAUAGCCGCUACAGUGUCCUAAAGUCAGUUCAUUCUGAUGACUUUCAAAGUCUUUCUGUCUCACUUAAAGCAUUCUGAUCUCAAGCUCUUGGUGGUUGAAGUAUUAGGUUUUAACCCCAUUAAACAAUGAUUCACCCAAAAAAGGAAAAAACCCAUUAUUAACUCGUGUCAUUCCGACCCCGUAUGACACAAAAGGAGCAAAACAUUUUUGAAGAAUAUCUAUAUAAAUGGAAAAGCUCCAUAAAAGUGUCAUAGAAGUAGUCCAAAUGACUGAUGCUUUAUAUUCCAAGUCUUCAAAAGCCGUAUGAUGGUUUUUUGUGAGGAACAGACAGAAAUUGAAGUCAGUAUUCAUGGAUAAUAUUCCCUCUGCACAGCAUCUAAAUACAGAUAUCUAAAUAUCAUGUCAAUAUUGUUGAUGCAUUGUUUUUAAAUUUGACGCUAACCCGGGCUUCUACUGUGUGGAGAGGAAGAUUAUCAGUGAAUAACAAUUAAAACAUUUUAUAUGCCUUCAGAAAACUUGGAUGCAGCACACAAGUCUGAAGGACUUCUUUAAUGGGGCUUUUUGGGGUGUUUUUUGUCUGUUUUGGAGUGGUCUAUUAUAUGGUCACUAUUACAGUAAGUGUUCUGCAGAACAGGGUUUGGAAUGACAUGAGGGUGUGUAUAUAAUUUGGAUUUGACAUGUAAAGGUUUUUGAUGAAGGUGUUUGGAUUUCAUUGAGAUUUCAUUGACAUGUUUCAUUGAGGCAGAUUCUUCAAUGCUGAGAAAUCUGGAGAAAGACUGCCACUGGUCACAUUGUAGGACUGGAGGGGGUUUGUCUCCUGAAGAACAUGUGACACGUAGUCACCUGUCUUAUUCUGAUCCAGGAAAUCCACUGGAAAACAUCUGUGUUGCCUCUGACCCCAGAAUCAUGGACUAGAAUGCUAGAUUGUGAAAGAUUUUGUCUGAAUUUUGAUACAGCAACGUCAUUUUGUUUUCAUGUUUUUUUCAAAUAAAAGUGUGUUUUGUCUUUUUGAUUCUUAUUCGUAGUCAUUUUCUUACAUGGAAUAAAGACC